GUCACCGAGUCAAUCGCAAGCAUUGUUCCAUCGUGAUGUGUUAAGCUACCCGAAGUCAUCAUCUCAUCAGAGUGAGCAGUGAGAGCGGUGGCGUACGAAGGUGAAGGUCGUUACCGUCGGUUCACGCGUGAAGCAGUUGAACAGCUGUUUGAUUGCUGCACAGUAUAGGGUAGAUAGCUAAGCCGGAGCUUUACAAGCAGGAGAUAAGAGAUGAUAGAUAUUAGCUGAGCAAGAUGGAAGACAUAAAAGACAAACUGAUUCCCAACAUCCACUUUGCCAAUGACGACGAGGAGGAGUUCAACGAGGAGAUCGGAAGUCAGCGGAAGCCAACGAUCCCAUCCAUGCGGCAGCGGAACUCGCAGAUUCAUGCCUUGGAAAAUUUGGACCACCUUGAGGAGGAGGAGAAGCUCAACGAGUUCCGGUCGGCUCUGAAGGGUGGUAACAACAAAAAGGGGGUUACGUUUGGCGAUGGCGCACGGAAAAGAGCUGUGCUGACCCGAACUCCUGAUCUCAGCAGUAGCAAUAGUGAGGAUUUUGAGAAGUUCGGUGAUUCGUUUAUGGUGCUGGAGUUUAACGAGAGCGCCGAGACGGAAACAAUCCAAUGGAUCAUCGACAAGAUCCGUGGGAGGAAGAUCGAUGGUGGGGCCGAAUUGAUGGUGCGGAAGGAACCAUUUACCAAAGAAACUCAGACUCUUACUCUGCACAUAUCAGCUACCCAGAUGAAGUUCCUGGAGAUUGCGGACGAUAUGGGCUUCAUGAAGCGAACCAAGACUGGAAUAAUUAGGAAUUUCAACGUAGCUUGUUUGGAUGACUUCUUCUACGAUGAAAACAUGACCUUGGAAGAUAUCUUGACCCCAGCAGAUCGUCAGAUUAUUAUCAAGCAUGCCCUGGAGAACAUUCGUGCCUCGGAGAAUGAGCAUCACAUCCCGGGAACGAAGAUGCAACUCUACCACGGUCAGUCGAUCAUCCAAGCUGCCCUGCGGGUUGAAAUUGUCACAAACUUUUACUCACUGCACGACAAGUCAAAUCUACGUAAGCUGCGCCAUGUUUGGAUCAAGCCGAACAAACAUCAGCCGAUCGACGAGAUUAGGGAUUAUUUCGGUGAAAGUGUGGGGAUGUAUUUCUCCUUCCUGGGCUUCUACACGUACGCUUUGGUCGUACCGACUGUGCUAGGCCUGUUGCAGAUGUUGCUUUCCGAAGAAACGGAAACCGUCCCAUUCUUCUGUGUCUUCUACGUUGUCUGGAUAAAGGUCUUCCUGGAGCUGUGGAAGCGAAAGAGUUCGGCCCAUGCGUACCGAUGGGGAACGAUCACGAUGACCAAUCUGGAUGAACCUCGAGUCGGCUACUACGGGAAACUAGGGAGGGAUCCAAUCACCGGCAAGAUCACUCCACAGUAUCCAAAGUGGAAAACCUACGUCCAGAUGUACUGUGUAACGGCACCGCUAAUCAUAUUUUGUAUUUCGAUCGCCGGUUUCGUAACGAUCUUCCAGUUCUACGUGGAAAGCUAUCUGGCUGAGCUGUUCGGCAUCGAUUCUUACAUUAUGUACGUGCCAUCGAUCGUGAACGCGAUCUACAUUGCCAUUUCGACGAUAGCGUAUGAUCGGUUGGCCACUUAUUUGACGGACAAGGAGAACCAUCGGACUCAGAGUCAGUACGAGCGGCAUCGCGUCAACAAGCUGAUUGUGCUGGAGUUCGUUAACAACUUCCUGUGUCUGUUUUACAUUGCCUUCAUUUUGCAGGACAUGAAAAUGCUUAAAACUCAACUGAUGAUGCAGUUGAUCGUGCUUCAGUUUGUGCAAAAUGUGCUGGAAAAUCUGCUGCCCUACCUUAAGAAGAAGGUAGCUCUGAUCUCGAUCAAGCUGUUCGUAAAGUCCAACUACGAGCGAAUGCAAAUUGCCUUCGUUGAGUUUGAUCAAAUGGGCAUCCAAUCGCUGGACGACGACGACCAUCGGAUACUGAGGCACAAGAAGGAAUGCGGCAUGGAGGAAUACAACACGUACGACGACUACCUGGAGCUAUACAUCCAGUUCGGUUACGUAGUGCUGUUCUCGUCCGUUGCUCCGCUGACUGCAUUCUGGGCGAUUCUGAACAAUGUGAUCGAGAUCCGGUUGGAUGCGUACAAGUUGUGUAUGUUCUUCAAACGACCAUUCGCCAGAAGGACCAAGAACAUCGGUGCGUGGCAGUUAGCAUUCGAAACGCUGGCUAUCAUUUCGAUUAUGACCAACUGUGGAAUUUUGUACCUUUCACCACAGAUGAGGGAACUGGCUACCAAUGUAAGCUCGGAAGCGUACGCCUUCACUUUCCUAGUCAUCGAACACGUCCUGCUCGGACUGACGUGGUUCAUCUAUAAAGCCAUCCCGGAUACUCCCCUGUGGGUGCGGGUCGCACUGGCCAAGGCCGAUUACGAGUCCCGGCAGGCGUUGAAGCGGGAGGACUAGAGACGCACGACACCCAUAGAAACAAAAGCUGCAUUUUCCGUGUCAUAGCCAACACUUUUGAAACUCUUUGUGCCUACACAUUUUACAAAACCAGUAUUUUCAGUACAAUAAUCGUUUCAUCAAAUACAAACACAAAAUUGCCAUUGCUAAUACUACUCGCAAGCCAACAAAUGUGUGAUACAAGCAUUAACCGAGAAAGUACGUACUAACAAUCGUUUGCGUUUUGCUUGGGUUUCCCCCGUACUUACCCUGAUGUGUUUGUCACUGAUCUACAGUCAAAAUUCGUUCCGUGUUCAAUGUUCCAUGUUCCAGUUAACUUUGCCAAAUAUACAACCUCAGAUCAAUCAUGUUUAAUU